AUGGAUGGUAACGGGUUUAUAAGUGCUGAAGAAUUCAAGUGGACGAUGAUGAACCUUCAUAAUCAGUUGACCGAAGAAGAAGUCAAUGAGAUCAUCAAAACAGCUGACUUGAAUGGUGACGGACAAAUUGAUCUGAAAGUUAAGAAAGCACCUCCAAACAUUUCUGGGGAAGGUAACCCCUGUGGACUGUUACAUUUUACAGAAGCGGGAGCUCUUGUCUGUGGCAGUAUCCAACAUGAGCUGUCUGAUCACCGAGACAAGUACAAACUUUCGGUGUCAGCGCUUCAGUCACAGUCAUCUUGUGUCUUUCUGUGGCCGUGGGAAUCGGAUGAUUCCUUUGAUGGAUUGAAAGCCGUUUGCAAGACAUCCCAUAUCGUUUCUGCAGACUUGCAAAUUGGAUUUUGCCUCACGUUACUAAAAGAUUUGGCAGUGGUAGGGAGUCCAACGGUUAAUUACUUGACGAUGCUUGAUAUUACUCAUUCCCUCCAAGACAAAGAGAUGCCACGCACAGCACAAGCUGCUUUUUCUGCAGUCAACGGUAGGACGCGCUUGUACACGACUGUCGCCAUUUGCAACCAUUCGGUAGAAAUGGAAACGGAUGAGCCACGCUUGGUGACAUUUACUAUGCGGGAUGCAAACAAUGCCAGGGAAGUGAAGCAGGAAAAGUCCUUCCAACACAGUUCACGUCGUGUCGAGAAUGGGAUAAUGACUGUAACUGUCACAUACAAUGGUGAGAAAGGUGUUCUCUUGCAAACAGACAGCAAGACAUUGGAGGUAUGGAACUGUGACUUGUCUCAAGGUCUAAACUCUAUCACCAUGAUGGGCGAAAUCGAAAGACUAAUUCCUGUAUCGCAAGAUCUUGUUGGAUGCGUUUUAUGCACGCCUAAAUUUUCAUCCGAAGGACAACAGGAACUUACAAUUGCCUUUUUUGAUGUCUCCGCGUGGAAAGUUGUAUUUGAAAGAAACUUGAGUGGUAAACCAGAACUGAAAUCGAUUGCGUGCAGUCUUCAAAGAGGUGUGGUGUUCUGCGCUCAAAACGACGCAGGAAAGCGCGAAAUUUUCUUUUACAGAGGUGAGGCAAAUGUUCCCAUCUGGAGAGAAGACGACGUUUACCAAGGCGGUUGCAACUGGAGACAUCCCCGUUGCGUAUUUUCUCCUCAGGGAGAUGUAGUCGUCACAUGGAAUACUCUGAAUGACGGCUAUGGAUUGCACGCUCUCAAUGCGAAGACUGGAAUGAAGAAGCAUGUCUUUCUGGAAAACUGUUACGACAUCGCCGACUGCAGGUUUCUCAACGAUGGCGAGACUAUGGUCUGCUACAGAUAUGAGUCUAACGUACGGCUUUUCAGUGUUAUGUCCGGAGAAGUACUAGCUGUCUUGGACAUAGGAGAGCGCCCGACCUGUAUGGGAUGUUCUCCUGAUGAGCCUCUUAUUGCUGUUGGGCUACGUUUUGGAAACGUAAUAGUGAUUCGAGCACACGUGCCAAAACUACGGGGAGCCAACCAGAAACGGAGAAAGGGUGAGUAAGUAUCUUUAUGAUAAGUGUCAAUGGGUUACAAUGUAGAUAGCACUUGGUUUGCUGAUUGAUUUAUCUAAGUGAAUCUUCAUUUUUAUGUUGAAGGGAAUUUAUUUUGUCUUAACUUAUUCACGAUAAGUACCUGGUCCCGCAAAUUUGAGCCUCCUUCGCCGUCAAUUAUUUUCGAAACUUAAACCAAGACCAACUGGGUCACUCGCCAAUUUAAUUUACCAUGUGUUUCGUCUUGUUUGAGUCAUCGUGAACUUCUUAGGAUGUCCAUCUUUAUUUCAUUGUUAUUGGCUGUUUUGGUCUCUUUGGUUUGAUUUAAUGACUCGUAAGAGAGAAGCACUCUUUAAACUUGCUUUGUGUAGGUGAGCAUGCAUGUCCCACGAACAUACCGUUCAU